AGCUACGGCGUCUCCACCGGCUUCGGCGCCACCUCCCAUCGGAGGACCAAGGAGGGCGGCGCUCUGCAGAGGGAGCUCAUCCGGUUCCUCAACGCCGGUGCGUUCGGCACCGGCAGCGACGGCCACGUGCUGCCCGCGGCCACCACGCGCGCGGCGAUGCUUGUCCGCGUCAACACCCUGCUCCAAGGAUACUCCGGCAUCCGCUUUGAGAUCCUCGAGACCAUCGCCACGCUGCUCAAUGCCAAUGUGACCCCGUGCCUGCCGCUCCGGGGCACCAUCACCGCUUCCGGCGAUCUCGUCCCGCUCUCCUACAUCGCGGGACUUGUCACCGGCCGCCCGAAUGCCGUGGCCGUGGCUCCUGAUGGCACAAAAGUUAAUGCUGCCGAGGCAUUUAAGAUCGCCGGUAUCCAACACGGCUUCUUCGAGCUACAGCCCAAGGAAGGCCUUGCUAUGGUUAAUGGCACGGCGGUGGGCUCCGGGCUCGCGUCCAUUGUUCUCUUUGAAGCAAACAUCCUUGGUGUCCUUGCUGAAGUUUUGUCGGCUGUGUUCUGUGAAGUGAUGAACGGCAAGCCAGAGUACACCGACCACCUGACACACAAGUUGAAGCACCACCCCGGACAGAUCGAGGCUGCAGCCAUCAUGGAGCACAUCCUGGAGGGCAGCUCCUACAUGAUGCUCGCGAAGAAACUUGGUGAGCUCGACCCAUUGAUGAAGCCAAAGCAAGACAGAUAUGCUCUCCGCACAUCACCACAAUGGCUCGGUCCUCAAAUUGAGGUCAUUCGUGCAGCGACGAAGUCGAUCGAGCGCGAGAUCAACUCCGUCAAUGACAACCCACUCAUUGACGUAUCUCGUGGAAAGGCAAUUCAUGGAGGCAACUUCCAGGGCACACCAAUCGGUGUGUCCAUGGACAACACGAGGCUUGCCAUUGCUGCGAUCGGCAAGCUCAUGUUUGCCCAGUUCUCGGAGCUAGUGAACGACUUCUACAACAAUGGCUUGCCCUCCAACCUCUCUGGUGGCCGCAACCCAAGUCUGGACUAUGGUUUCAAGGGUGCCGAGAUAGCCAUGGCAUCGUACUGCUCAGAGCUCCAAUUCUUGGGCAACCCUGUGACCAACCAUGUCCAGAGCGCAGAGCAACACAACCAAGAUGUUAACUCCCUCGGGUUAAUCUCGUCCCGGAAGACUGCCGAGGCCAUCGACAUUCUGAAGCUCAUGUCCUCUACAUUUUUGGUUGCGUUGUGCCAAGCCAUUGACCUGCGCCACCUUGAGGAGAAUGUCAAGAACGCCGUCAAGAAUUGUGUCACAAGAGUGGCUAGGAAGACCCUGAUUACAAAUGACAUGGGUGGCCUCCACAACACACGUUUUUGUGAGAAGGACCUGCUCCAGACUAUCGACCGUGAGGCGGUGUUCGCGUAUGCGGACGACCCUUGCAGCGCCAACUACCCUCUCAUGAAGAAGAUGCGCGCGGUGUUGGUUGAGCACGCCCUGGCCAAUGGCGAGGCUGAGUGCACCGUGGAAACCUCGGUGUUUGCCAAGGUUGCCAAAUUUGAGCAGGAGCUCUGUGCAACACUACCUCAGGAGGUUGAGGCUGCUAGAGGUGCAGUGGAGAAUGGCACCGCUGCAGAACCAAACCGUAUCGUAGACUGCCGGUCAUACCCUCUAUACCGGUUCGUGCGCGAGGAGCUGGGCACAGUGUACUUGACCGGAGAGAAGACUCGGUCACCUGGCGAGGAGGUGGACAAGGUGUUCGUUGCCAUGAACCAGGGUAAGCACUUCGAUGCUCUGCUGGAGUGCCUCAAGGAGUGGAACGGCGAGCCCCUGCCUAUCUGCUAAUCAAGGAGAUGAAGAGAAGCCUUGGUUCAGAAUUUUAGAAACUGAUAAUACUGUUGUUUGAUUUUAUUUUACUUUUCCUCUUCUAAAGCGUUGAUGCAUGCAACGUUCUUCCGGAGCUAGAGCCUAGAGAUUCUGAUGCUGUAAGUGACAGGGUAUAAAUUUUUAUGACAAAUGUUCAAGUUGUUGAAA